CUUGAGCGGUCGCUGUGACAGAAACGUCAGUCAAUUGGCCGAAAAAUCGCAUAGGCCAUAGCUAACUUCAUCUUAGCUUUCUAAAUAAAAUGGUGCAAAAUUUAAGCCUUUAAGACAAUACCACAAUGAAUAUGAUCCCUUUUCUCACUUUCUCCUUUUUCCUCCUUAACUUCUUUUCAUUAUCUUCUUCUCUAAUCUCCAUUUCUGUAAUUCCAAAAACCUUAUCAAAAUCUGGUGAUUUUGUUGCAAUCCAAUGGAGUGGUAUCCAGUCACCAUCUAAGCUCGAUUGGUUAGGAAUUUACUCCUCACCUAGCUCAAACCACGACAAUUUUAUUGGAUAUAUUUUCCUUUCUUCAACUCCCGAAUGGGAAUCCGGGUCGGGUUCCAUUUCCAUUCCUUUAGUCAAUCUUCGAUCUGGGUAUCAGUUUCGGAUAUUCAGAUGGACCGAAUCCGAGGUCGUCCCGGAGUUAGUGGAUCAUGAUCACAAUCCGUUGCCGCAAACAAAGCAUCUUCUUGCGGAGUCGGAGGAGAUUGGGUUUGAACCGGGUCGGGGCCCCGAACAGAUUCAUUUGGCACUUACGGGUCGUGAGGAUGAGAUGCGUGUUAUGUUUGUAACUCCUGAUGGGAAAGAGAGUUAUGUGAGAUAUGGGUUGACCCGGAAUGGAUUGGGUCGGGUUGUGAAAACUCGGGUAGUGAGGUAUGAGCGGGAAGAUAUGUGUGAUGCUCCAGCUAAUAGUAGUAUUGGUUGGAGAGAUCCAGGGUAUAUACACGAUGGAAUUAUGCUGAAUUUGAAAAAGGUUAAGAAGUAUUAUUAUCAGGCUGGCAGUGAUUCAGGGGGCUGGAGCUCCAUUUUCAGCUUUGUGUCACAUAAUGGAGACUCGGGUGAAACAUUUGCUUUCUUGUUUGGAGACAUGGGUACUGCUACACCAUACUUGACAUUUCUUCGUACACAGGAAGAAAGUACAUCAACUAUUAAGUGGAUUAGCCGUGAUAUUGAAGCUCUUGGUAAUAAGCCUGCCCUUAUCUCACAUAUUGGAGAUAUCAGCUAUGCUAGAGGAUACUCUUGGUUGUGGGACCACUUUUUUUCUCAGAUAGAACCUGUUGCAUCCAUAGUUCCAUACCACGUAUGCAUUGGAAACCAUGAAUAUGAUUGGCCACUUCAACCUUGGAAGCCUGAUUGGUCAAGCUAUGGGACAGAUGGGGGAGGUGAAUGUGGUGUACCCUACAGUUAUAAGUUCCAUAUGCCAGGAAACUCUUCAGAGCCGACCGGAAUGCGUGCUCCUGCAACUCAGAAUCUUUAUUACUCAUUUGAUUCUGGGCGUGUUCACUUUGUCUAUAUGUCAACGGAAACCAAUUUCCUUCCAGGUAGUAACCAGUAUGCCUUUUUGAAGCAUGACCUGGAAUCAGUUGAUCGAGUAAAAACUCCUUUUGUCGUCUUUCAAGGGCACAGACCAAUGUACACUACAAGUAGCGGAAAAAAAGAUGUCCCUUUGAGGAAGAGAAUGAUUGAGUAUUUGGAACCUCUUCUUGUGAAGAACAAUGUGAAUCUUGUAUUGUGGGGGCAUGUACAUAGGUAUGAGAGAUUUUGCCCUUUGAGUAACUUCACCUGUGGAAGUUUGGUCUUGAAUGGGGAGGAGAGGAAGGCUUUCCCUGUGCAAGUUGUGAUUGGGAUGGCUGGACAGGACUGGCAGCCUAUCUGGGCACCAAGAGAAGACCACCCUAGCGAUCCUAUUUACCCACAGCCUCUGCAAUCUCUGUACCGUGGGAGUGAAUUUGGAUACAUGAGGCUUCAUGCCACAAAAGAAAAGCUUACACUUUCUUAUGUAGGAAACCAUGAUGGGGAAGUUCAUGAUAUGGUGGAGAUCCUAGCUUCAGGACAAGUUGUCAGUGAUAGUAUCCAUGAUGGUCCUGCAGCCGCAGAACAGAUGGAGUGUAACUUUUCAUGGUAUGUAAAGAUUGGAAGUGUGGUAAUGCUUGGAGCUUUUAUGGGUUACAUAGUUGGGUUCAUGUCUCAUGCUCGGAAAAAUGUUGCUGAUAAAGGCUGGAGACCUAUUAAAACUGAGGAAAUAUGAAUAUCUGCUUCCUCAGAAUGUGAAAUUUGGCAAUACUCCAGUCUUACAGGGCAAUCUGCAUUGUGAUAGUCUACUACCUGUUGCCGACCAAAGUUAAGAUGAUGCUUCACCCUGUCACGUUAAGAUGGAGAGAGUGCCUACUUAAUAAAUGUGACCUGCAUUUUGCUCUAGUGCUGUAAAUAAAUAGAAAUUCUAUUGCAUUGUUCUGUACGAAGUAAUGUGAGAAUAAUCAUGUGUUAGUGAGACGCCUGUUUUUGCCGUUAAUGGUUCCGUCGGUUUACUACUUUCUAUAUUCAAGGAUAGAUUAUGUAUCUCGUGUUAUGCACAGUUCCAAUAUUUUUUUGUUUAAUAAUAUUUCAUGAUUUAUUGUCGAUUAAA